CUGAGGUUCUUCCGUAAACACGGAGACUCAUCAUGUGAUUCCUGCAGGUCCGCUCCACUCGGAUCAUUGAAUCAAGCGCUCCCACCACCACCACCACCCCCCCCACCUGACAUGGGCACUCUCACAGUGUGUCCUCUGCUGGUAUCGAUCCUGGUGAUCGGUACCAGCGGGAUCAAAUACGAACCCAACUGGAAAUCGAUCGAUUCCCGGCCACUUCCGGAGUGGUACGACCAGGCGAAGUUCGGGAUCUUCAUCCACUGGGGGGUUUUCUCUGUCCCCAGCUUCGGCAGCGAGUGGUUCUGGUGGUACUGGCAGAACAAAAAACUGAAGCCGUACGUUGAUUUCAUGCAGAGGAAUUAUCCUCCAGACUUCAAGUAUCAAGACUUUGCUCCGCAGUUCACUGCCGAGUUCUUCGAUGCCAAAGAAUGGACGGACAUCUUUGCCGCGUCGGGGGCAAAGUACAUCGUCCUGACGACAAAACACCAUGAAGGUUUCACCCUAUGGGGCUCAAAAACCUCCUGGAACUGGAAUGCAGUGGAUGUUGGACCCAAAAGAGACCUGGUGGAGGAAAUGGCGGAUGCCCUCCGUGCUAAGAGUGACCUUCGUUUGGGGCUGUACCAUUCCCUCUUCGAGUGGUUUAAUCCGCUCUAUCAACAGGACGCUGCCAACGUUUUCGCCACAAACUACUUUCCCACCAGUAAAACUCUGCCUGAGCUUUAUGAGCUCAUCGUCAAGUACAAACCAGAGGUGCUGUGGUCUGACGGGGACGGAAAUGCACCUGACAAAUACUGGAACAGCACUGGUUUCUUAGCCUGGCUCUAUAAUGACAGUCCAGUGCGAGACACCGUGGUGACAAACGAUCGGUGGGGUUACGGCACCAUCUGCAACCACGGUGGAUAUUACACCUGUAAUGAUCGCUACCAGCCGGGACACCUGCUCAAACACAAAUGGGAAAACUGCAUGACCAUUGACACCAAGUCCUGGGGUUACAGACGCAAUGCUCCGCUCAGCGACUUCCUCACCAUAGAGCAGCUCGUGGCGACGUUAGUAGAGACGGUGUCCUGUGGGGGAAACCUGCUGAUGAACAUCGGUCCGACACACGACGGUAGAAUCUCUCCGAUCUUCGAGGAGCGUCUGAGGCAGAUGGGUCAGUGGCUGAAGGUGAACGGCGAGGCCAUCUACAACACGACAGCGUGGCGGGUUCAGAAAGACAACGGCACUGCAAACGUCUGGUACACAUCCAGACCACAGGAAAAGGCCGUCUUUGCCAUUUUACUGGACUGGCCCAGUAAUGGAUCUGUGAUUCUACAUGAACCUGUGGUUACACAAGGACUGACUCAGGUGGUGCUCGUCGGCCACGGCUCUGUGCAGUGGGAGCCUGUGAAGCCCAGCGGACUGCGGGCUCUGCUGCCCCCGCUGUCCUUCAGCCAGAUGCCGUGCCAGUGGGCCUGGACGCUGAGGCUGACAGGUGCCACUUAAAGGGAAACCAGAUCACUUGAAGAGGAACAGACAGAGCUGGAGGCCCAGAGGGGGAACCAGCGUUUCGUGUUUAAAUCACCGAACACAACCUGUGACGUGAAAUCAUUUUUAUCUGUACCUGAAAUCACGUGAUCUUACAUCACGCUUUUAUUUUCUACUUUUCUGCCAUUUUUUUUUUUUUACAUGAGAUUUUUUAUGAGGUCGGAUGAAGGUGGUGGUGUUUGUUUUAUAUGGACUAUGGAGGAAUGUUUUAAUAAAGUGAAUCAAGCUGUCAA